CAGUCCAGAGUCGAGCCUCCAAUACACACUGCAGAGAGCGACAGUGAGUCGUGCGACGGGCUCAAGAGACCAGUUCGUUUAGGCCCGAAUCCGCAGAUUUGAGUCGAUUGAAUUCGUCGUGUGCGCAGUGCCUUGUGUCGUCGAAAAACUGAGCCAUGUACCGGGGAAUAUUCCUGUUCUCCUAUCUUCUGGCUGCGCGGAAUUGGAUAGUCGCUGCCGCUCCCGAGACUACUCCUCCGCACAUUAUUUUCAUCGUUGCUGAUGAUUUGGGCUGGAACGACGUCGGUUUUCACGGAUCUGGACAGAUCCCAACUCCCAACAUCGAUGCACUGGCUUACAGCGGACUAAUCCUAAACAGAUAUUACGUCAGCCCAAUAUGUACUCCCUCCCGAAGCGCACUCAUGACUGGAAAGUAUCCCAUUCACACGGGCAUGCAGCGAGGGGUGCUCAAGGGAGCAGAGCCACGCGGUCUGCCGCUAAAAGAGAAAUUGCUUCCCGAAUAUCUCCGGGAGCUCGGAUAUCGCACGCACAUAGUUGGCAAGUGGCAUUUGGGCUUCUACACAAAGGAAUACACGCCGACCUAUCGCGGAUUCGAGAGCCACUUAGGAUAUUGGACGGGCCAUCAGGAUUAUUACGAUCACAGCGCCGUCGAAGAACCCUACUGGGGAAUGGACAUGCGUCGCAACAUGGAGCCGGCCUGGGACCUUCACGGGCAAUACUCGACGGACGUCUUCACGAAGGAGGCUGUCAAACUGAUAAAGAGCCACAACGCCAGUCAGCCGAUGUUUUUGUACUUGGCUCACGCGGCGGUGCACUCGGCCAACCCCUACAAUCCUCUGCCCGUGUCCGACGAGAUAGUCGAUAAGAUCAAGAUACCCGAGUACAAGAGGCGACGUUUCGCCGGAAUGGCCAGCGCCAUGGACGCGUCCGUCGGAGCGGUGGUCGAGGCGCUGGAGAAGAGGAACAUGCUGCGGGACUGCCUAAUCGUCUUCAGCACGGACAACGGCGGCCCCGCCGAGGGCUUCAACUUGAACGCCGCCUCGAAUUGGCCACUUAGGGGAGUUAAGGAUACGCUCUUCGAAGGUGGAGUGCGCGGGGUCGGAUUAGUCUGGUCGGAGCGAUUGGCCCGACCGGGCAGGCUAUCCGAGGCGACUUUUCACAUCGCCGAUUGGCUGCCGACGCUGCUCAGGGCUGCAGGGGGCUACGUCAACGCGACGGGCAAGAUUGACGGGCUGGACGCGUGGGAGGCACUGGCCGAUGACAAAGAAUCGCCGAGAAGAGUAGUCCUGCACAAUAUCGACGACGUCCUCGGGACGGCCGCGAUCAGCGUCGAUCAAUGGAAGCUCAUCAAAGGCUCGACGUACAGGGGCAGAUGGAACCAGUGGUACGGGCCCUCGGGCCGAGACUACCCCUACGACGUCGAGGCUGUCGCCGAGGGCUGUUUGGUAGCGAAAGCGCUGAAGCGCCUAGGCCGAGGAUUAGACCGAGGCAAGCUCGUCGAGCUGAGGAACCAGGCGACGAUCCACUGCGGUGAGCAGCCGCAGCAGCCGCAAAAAGCAUGUAAUCCGCUGGAAGCGGCUUGUCUCAUCGACGUGCGCGCGGAUCCCUGCGAGCGACGCAAUCUGGCCGACGAGCAGCCGGAUGUGGUGCGGAGACUCGAGGAGGAGCUGGCCAGACUGAACGCGAGCGCCGUGCCGCCGGGUAACCUUCCCUGGGACAGCCAGGCCGACCCGGCUCUCUGGGACCACACGUGGAACAACUUCGGGGACUACGCGACUCGCGCGCUCCGGUGAUGCUCGAGGAGAAGGAAACGCGCGAAUAAAGCCAUGUUAUACACACUGCACGAUACCAACA